UAACACAAUGACAUCUAUAAAAACAUUACCUUUAUUAGGAGGUACAAAAUUAAUAGUCCUUGAUGAAGGAUUAAAUUCAACAUAUGCAAGAAAAUUAAUUGCAGGAUGGAUAAAAAUAUGGAAAGAUAAAGAUCCGAACCAUACAUUCAAUCUAUUAUUAUUUUCCGAUUCAAAAUCAUCAUACCAAAAAGAACCAGAAUCUUUCAUAUCAAAUAAUGUAAAUAUUUAUGACUACUAUACUCUUGAUAUUAAUGAAAUCGAUAUAAGUGAUAUUAAUGAGAAAGAUUUCUACAGUCUAAAACAUAUUUUAAAUAUAAUAAACACUAAGUCUACAGUGAUUAUUGAUUGUAUAACAUGUUUAAUUUUAUUUGUUGGCCUACCAAAGACUAUAUGGUUUUUAAAAAAGUUAAGCAAACAAGUGCCACAAUUAAUUUGUAUUUAUAGACGGGAUAUUGUACAAAAUAAAAUACUUUGCAUUGAAACAUUAGGAAGUACAUAUAUAAAAAUACAGAAUUUUUCUGAUGCAGUAGUAAAUAAGAAUUUUAAUUAUGUAGUAAAAUUUAUACACCAUAAAAUAGGUGGAGGAAUCUUAAAACAAGAAGAAAUAAUAAAUCAAAAUGAUACGUCAUAUGAUAUUCAGUCAAAAAAACUUGAACGAAAUAAAAGAGAAAAUUCAUUAUCUGAUAACUAUAAAUUAAAAAUUGAAUCUUCAUUCAGAAUAGAAAUAAAUGAAAAUGAAAUGAAACAAAGAAAAGAAACAGUAUUACCAUACAUAAUUAAAACAGAUGUAACAAAUACAUCUAAAAUUCAUUAUCAUCCAGAGGAUAUAGAUGAUAUUGAUGAAGAAGAUCCAGAUGAUGAUUUAUGUUUUUAA